UUGUUAUGGAUACUCAUGCGGUGCAUACAAAUAGAGUGUAGUGUACAAGCAUUCUUGGUCGUGUUACUUGUUUUAGCAGGUGGUAGAAGACUUAUUUCGACAAGAUAUUUUCCAUUUUGGGGAAUUUUAGAUAUUAAAAUGGCGGAGAAACCUCCACAACCGAGUGGCAAGGCGCUGGCUGGAUUCAACUUUGUUGCAAAUGACCAAGUUUGGAAGGACCACAUCAGAUAUGAAGAGACUGCAUCGAAACGUUGGCCAGAGUACUGGGGUUUUCUAGGCGGUAAUUACAGAGAUCUCGUGAAAGACGACUUUGUGAAGCGCGAGGUAAAGAAGAUAGAACUCCCUCCACCAUUGGUCCUCCCUCCGAUCACCCCAAUCUCUAGGUAUAUCAAGGUUGACCCCUCCCCUAAACCCUUCCCCCAGACCACUGCAGGAAAGAUCGGAUGGAGAUCGUCCGAACGGCAGCACUCACUUGAAAUCUACGGCAGUUACGCACGACCCAAGGGAGGUCUGAUCAACCAGCUGAACUGGCCACCAGAGGGCGUCUUAUAAAGGAGUCAUCUCGCACUUGCCAUUGUCUGUGACCCUACGUGUUUAGACAUUACGGAUUACCAUGUGUGUGCGUGUGUGUGGUCAACAUGAUGUCCCAGCAAAGACGUUUCUUGUAUGGCAUUGCAUGAUGGGAUUGUCCGUGCAACAUACAAAAAUUAAACUAUGCAUCAGAUGAGGCUAAAUUAUGGGAACAGAAGUCUCUUGGAUGGUUUGUGUUCACUUAGUGUACAAGCAGAUGGUCUAAUUUAUCAGAUCGUCAAAAAUCAUUGCUAAGCACACUUGGUCUAACAACAAUUUGGUCCAAACAUCUCUUAGUCUAAAUACUUGGUCUAAUAACCACAUAAUCUAAUGCCCAGAUGGUCUCAUUUUCACUUGUAUUAACUUUGACAAAUGAAAUUUAGACCAGAUAGGUAUUGGUCGGAAUGGGUAAAGCCUAACUGGGCCGCCAGUAAAUGACAAUUAGACCAAAUUUUUGGUAGAUUAACCAGGAUUAGACUGUUAGAUGAGACCAAAUGGAAAGUAGACAAUGUGAGUAUACUUCAAGAGGCAAUGUAUCUCAUGUCUCAGUAUAGUAUCUUUCAGGGUUUUAUUACAUAAUGGUGAAUUAUUAGUGUUGAUGAAAGAACCAGUCACUUUGUAUUCAAUCAAACAGACCUUUUUAAGGGUCAUAUAUUUCAUUAGUUCCAGGAUUGACCUUAUUUCAAAAUCUCCCCGAAAGAGGGCAGAGUAUCAGGAAAUUAUCAAAUUUUGUUUUAAAAAUGCUUAUAAAAACAUUUGUUUUGUUUUUGUUUUUUGUAUUCUUUAUCGUCAAUUGACUCCUGUAAUCAUACAUGUAUGUUCCAUACACUUUCAUAGGCAGUGUAAUUCUAAAUGAUUUUGAUGGGCAAAAGAAUUGCUAUAGGAUAACUUACGUAUUCAAAACUGCUUCUGUGGGAUUUCAUGGCCUUAUGCAGGGAGGGGACAGAGGGGGCAGUUGCCCCCCUCCCCCUCCCCUGAAAUUGUAAAAACUUGCAUUUCUUACUGAAGAUUUUUUUUCACAAAGUUCACCAAAAGUAUACACAAAUUCCAUCAAUUUCACUUUACAAAAUCCAAAAGCAACUCAAUGACAAGCUUGGUCGCUUUACUCCCUCACUUUUGAGUUUUUUCCAUUGCUGCCCCCCCCCCCUCCCCCACAAAAUUUUUUUGUAUGUGGCCAUUUGGGAUUUGGUGAUUGGAGUUUCAGCUCUUAAUGAGGUAUUCUUUAUUCCUUUAGUAUUUUGUACUUUAAAAGGCUAACCAGGAACAGAAACAAGCCACAUUUCAACAUGAUUGUCUCCAGGUGUCCUGUUUGCCAUCUCUACAUAGUCUAUCCUAUUCUGUAUCAGGAAGCAGUAAUAAGGUGGUAGAGUAGUUUUGGAUUGAUGAUGAUUUCACAGCGUUCAAGAUCAAACAAAAUGCAUUGCUGUUGUUCUGCCCUAGUACUUAUCUAGUCUCCUGCUGAUUGUCGUUCAUAUCAAAUCCUUAGUUCCUAUCCCUGAUUACCAAGUUCUUUGCCAUAAGUCAUCGUGAUGUGACUCAUCGUCAGUUGAAGAAAGUUUCAUUGCAGGUUAUCACCAUUUUUCAAAAUUUAUUUUGUUAUGAUAAUUUUGUAUGAAGACCUUGAUGCAAUAUUCUUGAAUAUCCCAUGACUUCUCUUGAUCCAUUUAUUUUUAUGGGGGUUCGAAUUUAAGUGAGGAAUCAUUCAUGUAUCAAAUCUGAUACUAACCCUGAUAUGCACAAUCUAUGUAUAUGUAUAUUCUGAUAUUUCUAAAUGAAACAUUAAUAAAAUAGUAAAGAGUGAAGUUUUAGUCAUGUAUUCAGAGUAAAAGAUUACACAGUGGUAGAUCCUGGUAGGGGUGUGAGAGGUGCGCACCCCGGGGCAUGCACCCCCUCUGUUUUUCAGAAUCCCUAACUGAACAUGCAUAUUAAAUCUAAGAAAAAUGUCAUCUGUACGCCCUCUUUUUUUUUAGGUUUGCUCUUUGCUUCGCCUGGGUUUUGAAGUCAUGGAUACACCACUUUGUAUAUUAUUUAUUAUCAUAGAAUGUCAAAGUGAAAAAAAAAGUAUUGUGAGUGAAAUUUAUGUAUGCUGUCAGGUAUACACAUAUACUUCAUUAAAGAUAUAUUCUUACAUCACACCAUCUGAUGAAGAUAACUAUAAAUAUUGUGAACCUGAAAAUCAGAGUUUAAUGUUGAAAAGAGCACGCUUUGUACCAUGUAUGCAAUUUACUUGGAAGUCUACAUUUAACAAAUGCUGCAAGACCUGAAUACAUGUAUGUUUAUACCCCCCCCCUUAAAAAAAAGGGGGUAGGGUUUUUCCUGAACUUAUACAUGCGUGGUUGACACAAGACUAGUUUGGUGUGUUAAUGUCAGUUUGUUCACAGUCUAGAGCAUGGUAAGAUUAGAAUAAAAAUAUACAUGGUAUAAGUGAUUGGAGUGUAGCAGAAUACAUACAUGAUAAUGACAUUAAUAUUAUGUGACAAUUUGCCUACCUUUAUACAUACAGACAUGUUUAUCAAAGUUAAUGGAUGCAAUGGUAUAAAAAUUUGACUAUGUGGUUUUCAAUGAUUAUCCCUUUUAUUUAUUAAUAUUUUUUAAUAUUAUUAAUAUAUUUAUUCAAUUAUUUAACAGUGUUUAUCAAUUGUCUGUCCUGCCUCAAAGCAAAUAAUGGUUCAUUUAUGGAAGGACAUUUUAUAUCCUCUUUAUCAGUGAAUGUUCUGCUGGUUGAAAACAUGAGAUAACCCCCUACCCCACCCUAUAUAUGCGAGAAAAAAAAUGGUUGGUUUUAUUCUUCAAAAUUGCUAUUGCCAAAUAAGAAGCCAGAUUAGAUACAUGUAUUUAGCAUUUUCAAUUUUUCUUUCUUUCCCAAAAGAAAUAUGAAUACAUAUAUAUCUGGAUAUAUAUUUACAGAUUUACAUAAAUCUAUCUUUAAAAAAAACAUAUUUAAUGUUUCUGGUACUUCAUACGUCAUUGCAAAUAUCUGCCAAGUUUACCCAAGAGGUCUCAUAAAUUUUCACCUCGACCACUUAUAUUUUAUGACAGUGAUUUUAAUCACAGAACUCUCACUUCAUAAAAUCAUCAAUCCUGAAAAUAUUGAGGUAGGCAGGCGUAUAAACAAAUAAAAUAAAAACAUCUGCCUGGUUCGUGAUAUAUCAUCAAUUACUGCGAUUAUUCUAAUAGCUAAAGAAUGAAUGAACUUGUAUUGCUUUUUACAAUGUUUUUUAAAUUGUGAUGUAUUUUUUUAAAAGAGGUGUGUUACAAUGCUGGUUCUUUGUAACGUUUACAUUUCAAAGUCCACGUUGGAUGGUUUCAAUCAUUGAAACCGUCCACGUUGGAUGGUUUCAAUCAUUGAAACGUAAAUUGUGAGGAAACUAUACAUAUUUAGGAAUUAGGAUUUUGUAAACAAAUAAGGGCAUUUUUUGUAGAUACAUGUAGAAUCAAAAAAGCUUAUGCAGUUCGAUAUGGUAAUUUUCUUAAUUGUCCUUUGGGUUUGCAAUCAAGUAUUUUAACUAACAGAAUAGUGGUUAUCUAUUUGAUUAAUGUUCAUUGUGUCUUAAAUUGUUUGAUUUGAUAUGUGCCGUUUACUUUGUUCUAAAAAUAUUUUUCAAACGUUCUUUUUGUUCUUAAAAUAUCACUGUUGUGCAAAAGAAAAAUAUCUUGUUAUAUCUCUUCAGCGGGCUUUGAGGAGAAAUGUUUUUAUGAAUGAAUAAAUCAGUGACGCCGUCCAUCAAAAUAUA